AUGACACAAGAAUACGGCUGUAAAGAAAAAGAAACGGAUCCUGGUUCCUUGGUUUUGCUUAAAAAGGACGAACAUGCAAUGGAGAAUGGGUCCAAACUUCAACUUCCGCCUGAAGCCGAUGGCGAUUUGCAAAUCACUUAUCAGCAGGCACAGCCAAUUAACCGAGCCACUUGGGGUGGCAAAUUUGAAUUCGUUCUCUCCUGCAUCAGCUACGCUGUCGGACUUGGCAACAUCUGGCGUUUCCCCUAUCUCUGUCACAAGAAUGGCGGUGGUGCCUUUCUGGUGCCCUACCUGCUGAUGCUUAUUUUGGUUGGUCUGCCUCUUUUCUUUCUUGAAUUCGCUUUCGGACAAUUCGCCAGUCUUGGCCCCAUCUCCAUCUGGAAUGUCAGUCCACUUUUCAAAGGCAUCGGUUACGCGAUGGUUGCCACUUCAUGGUUGCUCUCACUCUACUACAAUGUAAUCAUCGCGGAGAGUCUGCUCUACCUGUUUUACAGUUUCACUCGUGAGCUCCCCUGGACAUACUGCAAUAACACUUGGAACGACAAUGUGACCUGCAUCGAUGCUACAACCAAUCUCACGUCGUUCUUAAGCUCCAACGGUAAGCUCCCCACACCCUUCAUCCUCGUCUUUUCCCACAUCAUGGCGUUCGUGUCUGUUAUUUGGGUCACCGUGUGCCCGCCCGGUCUGUCAGGUGUUGACUCAUUCGCCAGAACCUGGGCAAAGGGAUCGAUCGUGUCCUACUUUUCUUCGUUCUGUCAUAACUUUUUUGCACCCAUCUCUCUCCUCCGUCACACAUCAGUGCUCGCCCUUUACACCACUUGUAGUAACCAUAUUUUGCAAAAGUCGGGAGGCAUCGACGAGAUCGGUCUGCCGGUGUGGCAGUUGUCGCUGUGUCUCCUCCUCGCUUGGACCAUCACGGCUCUCGUUUUACUCAAGGGUGUCCAAUCCCUUGGGAAGGUAUCCUAUUUCACGGCCCUGUUUCCCUACGUCAUUCUCACCGUGUUGUUGAUUCAUUCACUGACGCUCAAGGGUUCUCUUAACGGCAUUCUCUACUACUUGACGCCCAAGUUCAGCCGACUGAAGGACCCCCGCGUUUGGGUCGAUGCUGCCACCCAAAUUUUCUUCUCCCUCGGAUGCUGCUCUGGCUCGUUGAUUGCCAUGUCCAGCUUCAACCCUUUUAAGAACAACUGUUGCAGAGAUGCUAUUAUCGUGGCCUGCGUCAACUGCUGCACCUCAAUCUACGCCGGUUUCGUGGUCUUCGCGAGCCUUGGUUUCAUGGCUGAGCAGAAGAACGUCACCAUGGAAAACGUUGCAAAAUCGGGUCCUGGCCUCGCGUUCGUUGUGUACCCGGAGGCCUUGGCACAGAUGCCUCUCCCGGCGAUGUGGUCCAUCUUCUUCUUCUUCAUGCUCUCCACCGUCGGCCUGGGAUCCCAAUUCCCCAUAGUCGAGACGGUUAUGUCUGGCGUAGAAGACGAACUCAGACGAGUCGGUCUUCUUACCAGCCACUGGGUAAGGUACACCUUCAGGAUUGGCCUCUGCGUGGUCAACUUUCUCCUCGGUAUCCCCAUGGUCUGCAGAGGUGGUUACUACCUGCUUUUCCUCGUGGACUGGGCCAUGUCUGGUUAUCCCCUCAUGUUCAUCUGCGUCAUAGAGAUCGUCAUCAUCUGCUACUCUUAUGGCCUAAAGCAGUUCAGGAGGGAUAUUGAAUUGAUGAUAAACGCGCGUCCAAACUGGUACUGGCGAAUCUCCUGGAUGAUAACCACUCCGGGCAUAUCGGUCGGUCUCAUCAUCUUCUCCAUGGUGAGCUCGUCGGGGCUUCAACUGGACAAUUACGUCUUUCCUUACUGGGCUCAAUCGAUUGCCUACAUGACCGCCGCGUUUCCCAUUGUCUGUAUUCCGCUGUGGUUCUUCUACAAGUACUGCAAGGAGGGUGGUUGGAUUCUCUUCACAGAGUUCCUCAAACCUGUAAACGAAUGGGGCCCGGCUAAGGACGAACACCGGGCUGAGUUCAUUUCCAUGAUUCGUUCCAACGACUCACUGCGUCAGGGCGGUGGGCAUGGAAGUAGCCAGGUCUGCUUGAGUCGUGCCUACAUUCCACAAGGACUCGGUGAUCCUGAAGGCGGUGACAUCAUUGACGGCAGCCGAAAACGCGUAUUUGGAUCUGUGGUCAGGGGAAGCACGGCCGCAAUCGACACCGAGGGUGGAUUCUUCCAGAGCAAGCUCAGCGUCGCCGAGAAGCUAACUAUGGCCCACAACAAGGAAGUGGCCAAACGGUCCGGCAUCGACCUCGCCCAUCUGGACGCCGAGGCGCUCACCGCCAGCCAGAUUGCAAGUUUUUGCGCCCUAGCAACAAUGACGGCGACGAAGGAGGUGCAGCCGUACUCUGUGGCCUACGAGGGGCCCAGCCAGCCGCGCAUCUCCGCCACGGAGCCACCGACAAUCAACUUCGACCGUCGGGCCUCUCAGUGCACUGCCAGUGCGCCCGGUCACGCACCCACCUUGUCCCAACUGGCUGCCAGCACCAAUGGCACCACCCUGCCUGCUGACGAAUCGUCUGCCAAAACGCAACAGCGAUAA